AUGAGUUCAGCAGCACCAAAGUGGUAUCAAUCUCAAGACGCUGCCGUCCCAAAGCAAACUAGAAAGACUUCUCGUCCACAAAAAUUGCGUGCCUCAUUAGUCCCAGGUACUGUUUUGAUUUUGUUGGCCGGAAGAUUCAGAGGAAAGAGAGUUGUAUACUUGAAGAACUUGGAAGACAACACUUUGUUGGUCUCAGGUCCAUUCAAGGUCAACGGUGUUCCAUUGAGAAGAGUCAAUGCUAGAUACGUCAUUGCUACUUCCACCAAGGUAAAUGUCGAAGGUGUUGAUGUUUCGAAAUUCAACGUUGAAUACUUUGCCAGAGAACAAAAGCCAAAAUCCAAGAAAUCUGAAGCUGAAUUCUUUGACGAAGCUCCAGCCAAGAAGGAGAUCAAAUCAGAAAGAGUUGCUGACCAAAAGACCGUUGACGCUGCCUUGUUGUCAGAAAUCAAAAAGACCCCAUUGUUGAAACAAUACUUGGCCGCUUCUUUCUCUUUGAAGAACGGUGACAAACCACACUUGUUGAAAUUUUAA